UUUCAACUCACUAAAGAUAUGGAUAACUUAUCAGUGAGGGAUUACAUUUUGGAAAAUGUCAAACUUGUGGACUAAGUUCUCGCACGUGUGUGUUUGAUUGAGAGAUGUUGACAAGCUGCACGGACACACUUCCCACUGACAGACGCACGCACGCACACACCGGGCAGGAGAGAGAGGAGAGAGGGCGGGCUUGUGGGGUGGGGGCGAUCGAGAAUAGAGAGAGCGCCAGAGCACCUUGGCUCUUCCCCCCCAGCAGGCUUCGGUCCAUCCUGUGUGGUCCGUCGGGCUGGGGUGUGCUCUCCUCCGCUGUUGCUAAGGAGAUGGACGUCUCGAACGGAGCUGCGGUCCGGGCUAAAUUGUCCACGGCGUCCCUUCCUCGACUUCCUGUCGUCAUUCAGCGUGCAACGCGUGUAUGUGUGUUUACCGGAAUCAUUGCAAACAACGUGACGCGUCAGCGGCAGCGCUGCAGCAGUAUCCAGGACCAGUUGGAGCUGCAGCCGAGGAGCUGAAGAAGCAAGGGUUUGGCGUCCGAGGGAGGGGAGAGGCACGGCGCCGGUGGUCGCCGGUCAGCGAAUGCUACCUGGCGAGGACGUGGAAGUAGCAUGGCGUCCACGGGCAUGCAGAUAUUUGGAUUUGUGCUGGCGCUGCUGGGCAUCAUGGGUGCCAUGGUGGCCACUCUGCUGCCCAACUGGAAGGUGAGCGCCGACGUGGGCUCCAACAUCAUCACGGCUAUCUCCCAGAUGCAGGGACUGUGGAUGGACUGCACAUGGUACAGCACGGGAAUGUUCAGCUGCACGCUGAAAUAUUCCGUGCUUUCACUUCCCGCGUACCUGCAGACUGCGCGCACCACCAUGGUCUUGUGCUGCGUACUGGCAGCCAUGGGCCUCUGCCUGGCAUCCCUGGGACUGAAGUGCACACGCUGGGGAGGGGGCCGGCGUUCCAAGCAGCAUGCGGCCAUCGCCAGCGGCGGUUGUUUCGUUGCAGCUGGAUUUCUGUGUCUGGUGCCUGCUUCCUGGUUUACCAAUGAGGUCAUCACCAACUUCUUGGACUCAACUGUGCCCGAGAGCAAUAAGUUCGAACCCGGGGGUGCUGUGUACGUGGCUUUCGUUUCCGCCGGGUUCCUCCUGAUGGGGGGCUCCAUCUUCUGCAUGUCCUGCUCGGGGAAGAGGCACGGCCCCCAGGACCUGGUCCUGCUCCCCCCGCCUGACAAAUUGCUACUGCAGCAACAGCAGCAACAGCUGCUCCAACAACAGGAGCUCCAGCACCAGUAUUGUUCUCUUUCCCCACUAGACAAUAAGACGGGCUACAGCCUGCAGGACUAUGUGUAGGAAGGCAGGGUUGCGUAUCCGCAAGCUUACAGGAGAGGGGGAGGAGUGGACGAUCACGGUUUAUGAUUUAUGAGUAGGCUGUGCUCCACACAGGUGGGAAAAUAUGAGAGGGGAAGUAAGUAUCUCCUGCUUUUGUGUCUUGCGCCUGUCUUUCUUCUGUUUUGCAAGCACAAGCAGCGGAGGUAAUCCCUGAGCUGCACCUUGGAACAAACAGACGGAAGGCGUCAGGAGCACAGAUGAGGUGCUGCACAAUUGAAGGGAGUCGCUAAGCAAAAGCAAGACAUCCUUCAUCAGUAAAUCACUGAGAGGGUUCCUUGGGGAGUGGAUUAAGCAAAUAGGAAGGAUCCCCCCUCCCCCCGCCCAGGGUUUGAAUCGAAAGAGAAAAAAAGCAAUCACUUAGCUGCUAUUUACAAUCUUUUGGGGCUCUCUCAAUUGACAACAAACGCAGUAGGUGGACAUCCUUACAUAAAUGGCCAUAUUUUUGUUUGCUGUUCCAGUGACUUUGAUGUCUUGCCGCUAAGCAUGCUCUGUGUGGCGCCUGUCUUGUGUUUUAAUACAGUGGGAUGUUCGUUAGAAGUCUGAGACAUAGCCACACAAUAUGCCUGUGCCUGAAAAAGCUGUAGAGACAUUAGCGUGCGGAAAGUGUUCAAAGAGGAGGAGAUGUGGGCUGCUGGGCAGGAUUUGAGCAAAUUCACACAAACAGAUGCCUGAUCUCCUCCUCUUGGCAGGUGGAAAUUUGAGAGAGAUGGAGAAAAAUGAAUGCAUGAGUGGACCAUGUGGGAGUGGGGUCGUUUUCUUAUUGCCCCCUGAAAACACCCCGUCACUAAGCUGUCAAUUUUGGCCCAUGUAACCAUUGCUGGGACACACACACACACACACACACACACACAAACACAAACACACAUGAGCGCCCUAUUACACAUGCACUCCCCCACUCCUUCACAUACUUGUGUGUGUCCUUACAGACACAGUAAAGACACACACACAUGCUGCUUUUUGCAUCUGUUUUCACCCCUACCAUCCUCCUCCAUGCUACCAUGGAAACCAAAUUAUUGUCUGAGGGCUGGUGCUUGUCAGCCAAGUGAUUUGUUUGUGGUAGGACAGCUUUUUUUUCCCUGCUUCGUCCCAUUGUUCCAUAAGCUUCAAUCAGAGCCUCUGUGUACACGACUUAGUCUAAUCCCCUUUAUUAGCCAGUGAGAAGAGGCAGCAUCCAUGUUUAAUUGUUUAGCCAUUUAUUAUUAUUUUUUUUUUGCCCAGACACAUUUAGUGGCAAGAGAGGCAUAGAGGCAAAUGUGAAGUCUUGUUCGACUGGCGCACUAUAUGGCGGGCAGCUAAAAAAAAACGUUUGAGUCAUUCUCCAUAUGUGACUUGUUUUCCAAGCUUGUCAGCAUCGAGGCUGCACCUGUGGAAGGUCUCAAUGUCGUAAAUAGGAGCCACUUCAUUGUUAUCACCAUUGCCACCCCGCCUCAAACCACACACAUGCACACACGCACACUUUCUCUGUCCCGCUUUCGUCACAUGGAUGUGAUAGCUGACGGCAGAAGUCUGAUGCGUGUUAAAAGCGUGACCCGACACACACACACGUCUACAUACGCUCAGCGCCUCAAAUGUCAGGGGCACUGUUGCACUCUCACACAUCCAUGUCCCAGUGUGCGUGUACGCUUUUCUAAAGAAGGAGUGCAGAAACAUUGGAAUUAUAACUGAGACAGGCUUUGGCAGUGAUGCAUCGGACCACACGGUUCCCUCCUUCUCUCUCAUAAACACUCUAAGCUUUCUGUGGAGCGAGCAGAUGGCUAAGCCACGCUCGCCACCUGCAGGCCGACGCUGGCACACCACAAGGCAUAACUGUGGGCAUGAUCUCCAGUCCUGGCAGCCCUCCGGGACCAGAUUUCUACGCCAUCUUGUCCCAGCAUCUCCAACAGAGCUGGCCUAGUGACAAUAACUCAGUGCCCAGGCACCAGAACCAAUGCAAUAAACAAAAGCGCGAAGAAUGUGCCAUGUCAUCAACUAAUACUGACGUUUUUGCGUUUCAAGAAUGUGCCAAAUACUGUAGUCUCAUGAUGACAUUUUAUUACUAUUCGGAAUCCUUUAUCUUUAUUUUUCUAACGUGUUGUUUGUACGUCAAUUGUACAUUAGCGAAUGUUUUAUGGAUUUGUUCUGCCAGACUAAGUCUGAAGUCAACUCGAUGCUUGUGUGCAGUCCAGGGCGGCUUUCGAGGGUUAGUACAAAUCCUCUUUAUUCCUGAUUUCCCAAAGCACAGAGAGAUUCGCUAAGCACGAGUGUGGAGAGGACAUGAGAGUGGAAUUUUCUAAAUAAAUAUUUUCAUUCAGGAGUAUUGAAGGGUUUGUGGCAGCUGUACACAAGUAUCAAUGUGAUUAUGCUGAGGGAUUUCCUUACGUUGUUCCUAUAGAAGAUACAACACCAUGAUCAUACCAUAUCUUCUUUAUAAGAAGAGUACUCCAAUGCACCUUUUUUGUGUUACUAUUUUGAGAGUAGUUUGUUUCAAAUGGUUGAGCAUUUCAAGCUCCCUGCACCAGUACAAACACAACACAAGUGGCACUCUAGAUGAGGAAAAAAAGGCAAUGACGUCUGACCGCUCCAGCAGGGAGUUACGAGCUAGAGGUUCCUCUUUUUUGUCUGUGCAGCUUGAUGUCAGCACGCAAUUUCAUUAGCUUAGAAAUGGCCCGAGUGCAAAGUGCUCCGAAGAAUUUAAAGAGUUAUGUGCAUAGAAACUGUACCGAUAUAUUAAUUUAUCUUUUUGGAUAAACUGCAGCUUAUUUUUGUGGAUGCUUUAGCACUUCUUACUUUGCCAGAGCAUAUUUGUGAUGAUGAGCAGCUCACAAGUUCUGAAACGGUUGUCUCAAUGUGCUUGUGCAAGUAGUUCUAUUUUUUACUAAUAAAACUAUUUU